AGGAAAAACAGUGGUCAUAGUGUCCACACUGCAAAAAUAAAAAAAGCAUCAAUACCAUAUUUAUAUCCUCGGACUGAAACUCAGUCAUCUUUCUGUGGCCAAUGCUGAUCUCGAGCUUUAGAAAAGAGGUUUAUUUGUUUGGUUUUCCACCAGUAUGUUUAGGUGUUUUUCAUUUUUCCCUCCAUUUUAUGAAACAUAACAGUUUAAUAAUAGCAAAUGAUGCACAAAAUGAUUUUUGUCUGCAGUGCACUUAGUGUCUGUAUUUAAGAUGAAAGUAAUGUCCAAAGAAAAAUAGGAUACAUGGAAAAUAGCCAUCAAAAACAAACAUUGGCAAAUAAAUGAAAGAUUUAGUGCAUUUAUCAGCAUUUAUCAAAGUUCUUAGAACAGAUACACAAGUCAUAAUUAUAUGAUCAUUGGUGGAUUAAUAAAAUAAAGUGGGGAAUAAAAAUCAGUUGAACUAAAAGAGAGUAAAUUCAAUAUCGGAAGGUUUUUGUGUGCUGAGUUUUGUAGACGUUGCCUCAGUGUGGCUAAUAUCUGACCCUUGCAAUAAUUUCAGUAUAAAAACAAACGCCUGCGAUGACCGGAUUCACAUUUACGUCAUUCUGUGUAGAUUCUCAUUCAUCCAGAUCACUGUGAUCCAAAACCCAUUGAGACUGGACGUGAAGUUUCUGCUGAAUAUGUUUCACCUCUCUAUCCAAAACAUCAGUACAUUGACAUGUAUGUCACUUUCCCACGUGCACGUCUCUAAACCAGUUUGGAUACUAACCCUACAGGUUAACAGGACACUGUGAAGAACUUGACCUAUUUCUCCCAUUUACAUUUGACAGGCCUGAGCACAGUGAAAAAAUAAUCAUAGCUUUAGAAUACUGUGGAUGACACAAUAGCACUCAAUGUAAUGAUAACCGCAGGCUAAUGAUAAAACAAGUAUGAACUGAAGUAGAUAUUAAAUUAAUUGCUGUAGAAAAUAAUCACUGAAACUCAAAACUUGUCACGUCACUGCCCCCCGCCCACGCGACACCGUGAAACCCAUCAAAACUGGUUUAACACAUCAAAGCACUGAUCUGGAUUCAACCGGCUUGUAUCUGAUGUGGUCAUGAAAUGCAUUAGCACACCAGGUCAGUGUUCUCACACUGAUUCACAUCUUUGGCAUUUUAUUAUGAUUUUUUCUUGUCAGGUAACUAUUCUCUGUUCGUUUAUGAGCUGCUGUAUCUAUAACAUUCCUCAGAGAGGGAGCAGUGACGUUUGGCAUGGCUCUUAACGUGUGCCGCUGACUUCAGGAAUGCUGCUGAACUGCACAGUGAUGGAAGAUCCCAGUCCCACCGAGAUGAGCGUGGAGCCCAGCUGGGCCAGCCCGCAGGACCAGGCAGCCGCUGACCACGCACACAGCACCCACGCGCUUCCCUCACAGGAUCAGGAGCAGCACCCUGACAAACUGUGCCUGGACUCCUUCUGGAGCGAGGUGGAGACCAUCCGACAGGGGAGUGGCUACUCAGACCUUGACUGCAGCAGGAGAGACUCCAAACAAUCAGAAGAAGGUGAACAGGAGGAGCAGUGGUUGGCUGACGCCGGUCUGUCGACACUCAUCAGCGAGGAAGCUGAAGAUGUAGACAACGUGGUGCUGCUGUCCACUCUGACUCGGACCCAGGCCGAGGCCGUCCAGCGCCGAAUAGACUCGUACACGUUGUCCCUGCGCAAGAGGAACAAAUCAGCUCCCCGAGACGUCCGCGACGUCUUCAACUCGCCCAUCUCUCAGACGCUUCUCCCCGAGUCUGAGCACAGUGAAGCACAAAACAGCAUGGCUUCAGUUGCCAAAUCGCCACUGUCAGGUGUGACGCCAGAGCAUCAGCAAGGUGCUCCAAAAGAGGAAUUCUUCAUCACUGACGUGGCUUACUGCGAACAGGCCGUCAUCUUCCUCAAACAGGCCAAACUGCCGCAGAACAACAGCCAGCGCAGGAAAGAAGAUGGCACCCUGCCUCGGGUGAUUUGCCCCAAGUGCCGCUUGGGAGUGACUCAUAUCCAAGAUCUCUCCUACGCUGACAUGAAGAAGGUGCGUCAGCUGGCUCUCAUCGACAUGACAGCGCUGUGUGACCUCUUGGAGCUCGAGGUCAAAAGGCACAAAACCGGCAAGAGGAAAAUCCCAGAGAGCCCUCUCUUUGGCGUGCAUCUGGCCACACUGCUGGAGAACGACCAGAAACUGAAGCCCAACACACCAACUCCACUCUUCCUGCAGGCGUUGUUAUCAUUUUUGGAAAAGAAAGGAGUUGACUCAGAAGGGAUUCUGCGGGUUCCGGGGUCCCAGUCGAGAAUCAAGCUGCUGCAGCAGAACCUGGAGGCAAACUUCUACUCGGGUCAGGUCAGCUGGGAGGAAGUGAGUCCAAACGACGCCGCCGCACUUCUGAAGAAGUUCAUCCGAGAGCUUCCCGCUCCUCUGCUCACAGCCGAGUACCUCAACACCUUCAGCGCUGUCAGAGACAUCACAGACCUGAAGCAGAAACUUCACAUGUUGAACCUGCUCAUUCUGCUGCUGCCUGAGCCCAACAGAAACACACUGAAGGUUCUCCUCGAGUUCCUCAGUAAGGUGGUUUCCAGGGAGAAGAGGAACAGGAUGAAUCUGUGGGCCGUAGCGACCAUCAUGGCUCCUAACCUCUUCCUCCAUAAGGCUGUACCCAGUCGUCUGACUGAGGGAGCAGAGAAAGGACAGGCGGAGAAGGCAGCUGAUGUGAUGAGGCUCCUCAUCCGCUACCAGGACCUUCUUUGGACGAUCCCCAAUUUUCUCAUGAGCCAGGUGCGCAAGCUGAAUGAGAACAGUAACCGACGUUACCAGUUCUACGAUCGCCGCAUCAAGAACCUGCUCAGGAAGAUCCACACAGAUAGCCGGGAGAAACCUGGGAAAAACACCUCAGAGCUUUGCCGCACGGUGAAGGUCCACGUCGGAGAUCUGGUGAGCAGCACCAUGGAGUUUCAGCUCAACAUCAACUCACGAACCUCAGACCUGCUCGCCCAGUUUCACCGCCAGUUCGUCCACAGUCCCGAAAAUAGGAAAGGCAAAAUGCGCAGAAACGGCUCGGUGGCGUCUCCAGACUGUGGCCUUUACGAAGUCGGAGGGAAUAUCGGCGAGCACUGUCUGGAUCCUGACACACACCUGCUGGACUUGUACAACAGUAACCCAGGAGGGGAAUGGGUCAUCAAACUGAAACCCAACGCCAGCAGAGCACUGUGAUCGAAUUGAUGGACGGACAAAUCUGUAAAAAAAAAGAAAAAAAGAUGAAAUCCAGCCUCCUGUUCAACUUUGGAGCAACAUGGCAGAGGGAGACAGAUGGAGGACACAGACACUUUCUGCGAUCAGGUGGAUGAAGAUGGUGCAAUUUCUUUUUUCUUCUCCAUCAUUUCUUUA